AUGUCAAGGAAUCAUCCGAGUUUGAACGAUUGUUUGCAGUCGACACCCCCAGAGCUCAACGAUCUUACAGCCAUACUAGUCAGAUUCAGACUCAAACAGUACACCGUAGUCACCGAAAUAGAGAAGGCUUUUCUUCACAUUGGAUUACACGAAAAUGACCGAGACAUGACGAGAUUUCUUUGGCUUUCAGACCCAACCAAUCCAGAGAGUGCACUAAAGACAUAUCGCCUUGACAAAGAAACAGAUGUCAUCAGUUACUUCCAUCAAUCACGUGAUCUCAUGUCAGAAGCAGGAUUCACACUUAGGUCAUGGAAUUCUAACAGUCACAAACUGAGAGAUACAGCGAGACAACUUAACAUUCUAGACAAAGACGAAGUUACCAAACUAUUAGGAUUGCGCUGGGAACCAGAGACAGAUAUCAUGACAUACCCAGAAAGACCAAUAGAGACAACCGCAAUUACGACCAAGAGAUACAUACUGCAGAGCACAUCCCGGAUUUACGAUCCACUUGGUUUUCUAACCCCAAUCACAGUGAAAGUCAAGAUACUACUUCAAGAUAUUUGGAAAGACAAGUUCGAUUGGGACACAAUGCUACCAAGAUCCUACCAACAGAGGUGGUUACAGAUAGCAACAGACUUGAACAUAGCAAUGAAAACCCAAUUCCAGAGAUAUUACUUUGCGGAAACAGACGACAAUCAAGAUGCAGCAGACGACACAAGACUUCAUAUAUUCGUUGACGCAAGCACUCAGUCUUACGGUGCAACAGCUUAUAUUUGCAGAAGAAAUCACUCAUCAUUAGUAAUGGCUAAGAACAGAAUCGCACCAUUGAAACCCCUCACCCUACCAAAACUUGAACUUAUGGCGGCUGUCAUAGGAGCUCGACUUUCCCAACAUCUACGAAAAGCACUAGGAAUAGACAAGAUAGAUUACUGGUCAGAUAGCCAGAUUGUUUUACACUGGUUGAGUAACCCUGAAAAAACCAACCGAUUUAUACGGAGACGAGUUGAAGAAAUAAAAAAUCAGACCGGAACCGGAAGUUGGCGAUACUGUCCCACACAGAACAAUCCCGCAGAUCUGCUUACCCGUGGAAUAUCGGCAAGCCAAUACCAAGAAAACAAACUAUGGUUUACAGGUCCGCCUGGUUAA